AUGGAAGAGGAGGAGAAGAAACGUAUCGACUUGGAAGAAGCAAGAUAUCAGGCCCAGAUACGAAAGGAGAUAAUUGAGGAAACUAAAACCCAGCAGUACCACCAGACGGACAGAGUCAAAGGCCUCCAUAGCGCUCUGAGGCUGGCGGAGGUCCUGAAGGAAAGAGAGGCUCAGAUCGAGCUCAAGCGCAUGAGGCAGAACGCCAGCAGAGCCGUGGACAGAGAGAUCUUGGCCCGAAUGGCUUGCAGAGAAGAGCAGGCGGUCCAGCAGGAGCGACAGAAAGCACUGCAGAGAAAACGAGACCAACUGGCCAUUUCUGAGUGCUUGAAACUACAGGUUAAGGAGCAUGACAUGAAGAAGGAGCAGGAGAGGAGAAGGGAGGCUGAAGAGAUGAAGCAACUCCGAGAUCUUCAUCUGAGGGAACAGGCCAUCAAAGAGCGCCAGAAUCGAGAAGUGAAGAGAAAAAGAAUGAAUGCUUUUCGUGACCAUUUGACCAACAGAGAGCUGACAAAAGCAGCGGAGGCUCGGAGGCAAGAGGAAGAGGAGGAGAAGAGAAAGCAGAUCGCCAGCCAGAGCGAAAAAGGAGAACGACGGAAAAAACUGGAGGCGAAAACAAUUCGAGAGGCGAUGGAAGAGGAGGAGAAGAAACGUAUCGACUUGGAAGAAGCAAGAUAUCAGGCCCAGAUACGAAAGGAGAUAAUUGAGGAAACUAAAACCCAGCAGUACCACCAGACGGACAGAGUCAAAGGCCUCCAUAGCGCUCUGAGGCUGGCGGAGGUCCUGAAGGAAAGAGAGGCUCAGAUCGAGCUCAAGCGCAUGAGGCAGAACGCCAGCAGAGCCGUGGACAGAGAGAUCUUGGCCCGAAUGGCUUGCAGAGAAGAGCAGGCGGUCCAGCAGGAGCGACAGAAAGCACUGCAGAGAAAACGAGACCAACUGGCCAUUUCUGAGUGCUUGAAACUACAGGUUAAGGAGCAUGACAUGAAGAAGGAGCAGGAGAGGAGAAGGGAGGCUGAAGAGAUGAAGCAACUCCGAGAUCUUCAUCUGAGGGAACAGGCCAUCAAAGAGCGCCAGAAUCGAGAAGUGAAGAGAAAAAGAAUGAAUGCUUUUCGUGACCAUUUGACCAACAGAGAGCUGACAAAAGCAGCGGAGGCUCGGAGGCAAGAGGAAGAGGAGGAGAAGAGAAAGCAGAUCGCCAGCCAGAGCGAAAAAGGAGAACGACGGAAAAAACUGGAGGCGAAAACAAUUCGAGAGGCGAUGGAAGAGGAGGAGAAGAAACGUAUCGACUUGGAAGAAGCAAGAUAUCAGGCCCAGAUACGAAAGGAGAUAAUUGAGGAAACUAAAACCCAGCAGUACCACCAGACGGACAGAGUCAAAGGCCUCCAUAGCGCUCUGAGGCUGGCGGAGGUCCUGAAGGAAAGAGAGGCUCAGAUCGAGCUCAAGCGCAUGAGGCAGAACGCCAGCAGAGCCGUGGACAGAGAGAUCUUGGCCCGAAUGGCUUUCAGAGAAGAGCAGGCGGUCCAGCAGGAGCGACAGAAAGCACUGCAGAGAAAACGAGACCAACUGGCCAUUUCUGAGUGCUUGAAACUACAGGUUAAGGAGCAUGACAUGAAGAAGGAGCAGGAGAGGAGAAGGGAGGCUGAAGAGAUGAAGCAACUCCGAGAUCUUCAUCUGAGGGAACAGGCCAUCAAAGAGCGCCAGAAUCGAGAAGUGAAGAGAAAAAGAAUGAAUGCUUUUCGUGACCAUUUGACCAACAGAGAGCUGACAAAAGCAGCGGAGGCUCGGAGGCAAGAGGAAGAGGAGGAGAAGAGAAAGCAGAUCGCCAGCCAGAGCGAAAAAGUGACGAGAAUGAGGAGAGAAAAACAGGAGGAAACAUUUAGGUAUUUUGUGAGUUGGGAGAUGGAAAAACCCGAAGCAGACCUAGUGUUGUCCAGAUCUGAAUGGCAGCGCGUCCAGGACCGUGUGAACGGAGUGAAUCGUCACAGCAGAAGUGUAAUAGCAGCGGCUGAACAGCGGGAGGCGCUGCACAUGCGCUCUAAAGAGCUCGUCAAACACUGGCCCAACACCAUAGCUGGAGAACGACGGAAAAAACUGGAGGCGAAAACAAUUCGAGAGGCGAUGGAAGAGGAGGAGAAGAAACGUAUCGACUUGGAAGAAGCAAGAUAUCAGGCCCAGAUACGAAAGGAGAUAAUUGAGGAAACUAAAACCCAGCAGUACCACCAGACGGACAGAGUCAAAGGCCUCCAUAGCGCUCUGAGGCUGGCGGAGGUCCUGAAGGAAAGAGAGGCUCAGAUCGAGCUCAAGCGCAUGAGGCAGAACGCCAGCAGAGCCGUGGACAGAGAGAUCUUGGCCCGAAUGGCUUGCAGAGAAGAGCAGGCGGUCCAGCAGGAGCGACAGAAAGCACUGCAGAGAAAACGAGACCAACUGGCCAUUUCUGAGUGCUUGAAACUACAGGUUAAGGAGCAUGACAUGAAGAAGGAGCAGGAGAGGAGAAGGGAGGCUGAAGAGAUGAAGCAACUCCGAGAUCUUCAUCUGAGGGAACAGGCCAUCAAAGAGCGCCAGAAUCGAGAAGUGAAGAGAAAAAGAAUGAAUGCUUUUCGUGACCAUUUGACCAACAGAGAGCUGACAAAAGCAGCGGAGGCUCGGAGGCAAGAGGAAGAGGAGGAGAAGAGAAAGCAGAUCGCCAGCCAGAGCGAAAAAGUGACGAGAAUGAGGAGAGAAAAACAGGAGGAAACAUUUAGAGAGCGUCAAAGACAUAGAGAGACUGUUAUACAGCAGUUAGCCGUGCAGAAGCAGGAAAAAAUCAGCAAUGAGGAAGAUAUCAUCGCAAAAGCAGUCGCUGAACGUGAGGCCAGACGGGCCCGAGUGCAGCGCGAGAAAGAAGAAAAACAUGCAGCCAUGUUGAAAUCUAUCUCUGCACACAGAGAAUCCAGGAGGCAAGAGCUGGAACGAAAGGCAGAGGAAGAAAAACAGAAAGCUCUGGAGAUGCUGAAUGCAAAGAAGGAAGCAGAUCAAAUCUUCAUGGAGAAGCAAAAACUUCAAGCUCAAAAAGCUAAAGAAGAAGGAAAAGCACUCCAAUACACAUACAUACAAAAAAUGAAAGAAAUUGUGAGUUGGGAGAUAGAGAAAUACGAAGCAGACCUAGUUUUGUCCAAAUCUGAUUGGCAGCGCAUGCAGGACAGUGUGAACGGAGUGAAUCGUCACAGCAGAAGUGUCAUAGCAGCGGCUGAACAGCGGGAGGCGCUGCACAUGCGCUCUAAAGGGCUCGUCAAACCCAACACCAUAGCUUACGGCACCGGCGCCUACGCUGCUGGCGUCCACAGCAAGCUGAAGGCGAUCGAAGAAGAGGAGAAGAAACGUCUCGACAUAGAAGAAGAGAAAUACCAGGCCCAGAUACGAAAGGAGGCCAUUGAGAAAGCAGAAACCAAGCAGUAUACCAGACCGACAGAGUGA